AUGCGCCAAGGGGACCCUCUAUCUCCAAUUUUGUUUGUCAUGAUGAUGAACGUUCUCUCUUUGAUGCUUAAUAAAGCCGCGGUAGAGGGCGUUUUUGACUAUCACCAAGACUGCAAAGAAAUGCAACUGACUCACCUUUGCUUCGCGGAUGAUUUACUGAUCUUUCUUGAUGGUUCAGAGAAGUCGCUAGAAGGAGUUUUGCAGAUCCUCGCUGAUUUUGAGCUUAUUUCUGGCUUAUCAGUGAAUAUUGCAAAGACCUCUUUGUUCAGCAGCGGUGUUCCAGAUGAUAUUAUUCAGAGGUUUCAGGCAAGAUUUGGACUAUCUCAAGCUUCCCUGCCUAUCCGUUAUUUGGGUCUCCCUCUAAGCUCCAAGAAGCUAUCUUUAAAAUAUUAUGAUCCACUUCUUCUCCAGAUCAAAAAGAAAGUGGAGUCUUGGACUUCAAGGACUCUAUCGAUGGCUGGAAGGCUCACUCUCAUAUCCUCGGUAAUAGCGGGUAUAACAAGAUUCUGGAUGUCGGCGUUUCUGUUGCCCAAAUGUGUGAUGAAGAAAAUUAACAGUUUAUGCAGCUCCUUUCUCUGGCAUGGCACAAUAGGCAUUUCCACGGGUGCAAAGGUCUCGUGGGAAGAGCUCUCAAUCCCAAAGACUGAAGGGGGCUUGGGGCUACGUAAUAUUAUGCACUAG